GAGCUCCACGUCACAAUAGCUCACUUGUUCUCUGUGUAGCUGCUACUGUAGACAUUGGAUGGUUAUUUGUUCUGUAUUAGCACUUUUCUCAAUAUUUUCAAAAUCGAUGGCGGAAGCAAGGGAACGCACUUUUAUAAUGGUCAAACCCGAUGGUGUACAAAGAGGAUUAGUUGGCAAAAUAAUUAAACGAUUUGAAGCAAAAGGAUUUAAGCUUGUAGCUUUGAAAUUUACCUGGCCAUCAGAAGACUUGUUGAAGAAACAUUAUGCCGACCUAGCCGGUAGACCAUUUUUUCCUGGUCUAGUAAAAUAUAUGUCAUCUGGACCUGUGGUACCGAUGGUAUGGGAAGGUCUGAAUGUUGUGAAAACUGGUAGAUUUAUGCUGGGAGCUACUGACCCCAAGGAUUCUAACCCAGGAACCAUUAGAGGAGAUCUUUGCAUCCAAGUUGGCAGGAACAUCAUCCAUGGUUCAGACUCGGUGGAAGCUGCAAACAAGGAAAUAAACCUGUGGUUCGAACCUAAAGAACUGAUCGCCUGGAAACCAGCCUCUGAAGCCUGGAUAUAUGAAGAUUAGGCUACAGUGACUAAAUUAUGAUGUUCUGGUUGCCUUAUUGUGCAUACAUCCAUUCCAGUGCUUUUAAAUAGAAUUUAUAUAUGGAAGACAAUGUGAAUAAGCAUGUUGUACAAAGUUACACAUUUCUGUCCAUAUCUUAUCAACCAGCAUCAGCCUACCCUAGGCUGAGCUCUUCCAAUUAAUCAAGAUAUUAGUUAUAAAUGACUCAGGCUGAGCUGUAUCAGUAAUUGCUGAAAUGAGUUGCACUCAGUUGAGUAAGCAUUCAGUUUUGGCUUCAUCUAUUAAAUGAAUACAGUUCUUUAUACUGCCAGCACAGUUGCCCUCAGUGAACUAGUGGUUAGCGUGCUCGCCACUGAACCAAAGGCUCGUGGGUUCAAACCCAGCCAAGGUCAAUGGAUUUUUAAGAGUGAAAAACAAAUCAGGAUUGAGUAGAAAUUAUACAGAGGCAGUGGGCUUGUCACUCACUAUUCAAAUGCACCCCACAAGACUUAAUAAGGACAAAUUGCCUUGGGCAGCUGUCCCAGAAUGGGUCAACAGGCCCAAUCCGUAUAGUAAUUAAUGAUACUGCCAGCAUUUAUUUUUGUAUGAAGAAUCUGAAAUUUUAGCUGUUUUCAUUAUAUAGUGUGUGUGUGUGUGUGUGGUCUACAUUUUCAACAUCUCUUAUAGAGUGAUACUACUAGAUUUAUAUCAGGAUUAACUGGAAGUUGUACCAAAGUUAGGCUGUUAUUGGCUGUAGUAGAAGUGACAGAAAUGUUUAGCUUUGCAAGAUAAUGCACUGUAUUUAUGGAACCAUAAUGAAAUUAAUGAAUUGAAACUAUGUAACAUUUACAUCAAAUGUGUUUGCUAUAAAUAAAUAAAUGGAAUUAUCAAACAUUUAUACUAUGGUAAUUUGGCCUUGUAAGUAAAUUUAACUUUAGACUAUUCAUGUAGCCUGUACUUCUUGAUUUCCCUUACUUUGAAUGCAUGUAAUAAUAAUAAUAAAUCAAAACUUUAGAAUUGAA